UAGCAGAAGGCAGAAGAAGGAGAAAAAGAAGAAAAAUGCGUUGAUGGUAACUAGAACGAUGAAGAAGGGGUUGGUAGUGUACAAGAUAUACAGAGCCUUAAGCUGCGGCGUGUCGCCGUUAAUCCGCCUUCACCUGCGGUGGCGGAGGUUCCUCGGCCUGGAGCACUCGCGGCGGUGGCCGGAGCGCCUCGGUCACCCCUCUCAGCCUCGGCGACCGGGACCACUCCUAUGGUUCCACGCCGUUUCCUUAGGCGAAGGAAUGAUCGCCGUUCCCGUCAUCAAGCACUGCAUUCAGCGAAUGCCUCACUUGAACGUGCUCAUGACCAUCACCACUGUGUCCGCUUUUGAAGUGCUGAGCAAGUCGCUUCCAAGUGAAAUCGUUUUACAGUUUUCACCAGUUGACACCCCUAGUUCGAUCCAUUCUUUCCUUGAUUACUGGAAACCAAAUGUUAUUGUGCUAAUGGAAAGUGAACUCUGGCCAAAUCUUAUCAUGGAUGCUUCCAAAAAUGGUAUAACACUGGCACUCUUAAAUGCUCGGAUGUCUGAAAAGUCCUUUAAAGUUUGGUCAAGACAAGAACUUCUGCCAUUAAUUUCAUUGAUGUUAUCGAAGUUUUCAUUGAUUGUCCCAUUGAGUACAGAGCAAGGUAUCCGGUUUCAGCUACUGCAAGCCCCUCCAUAUAUCAUAAACUUUUCUGGUGAUUUAAAAUAUGUAAUAGAAGAUUUUGGAGUCAAUGAAAGAGGCAGAAAUAAUAUAGACGAUCUGAGACUACAGCUUACUCAAAAGCAAGUUUGGAUGGCUUCUUCCAUUCAUAGGGGAGAAGAAGAAAUAAUAUUAGGUGUUCACAUUGCCCUUAUGCAGCAGCAACCUAAUAUAAUGACUAUUAUUGUCCCGCGGCAUCCACAGGAAGGACGGGAGAUUGCUAAAAAAUUGGAGAAAGAAGGACAAAAGGUAGUUUUGAGGUCUCGAUAUGAGAAGUUUAAGCCAGAAACUAAUAUUUAUGUGGUGGACACUUUGGGUGAAUUAAGACACUUGUACACAUUAACACCAAUAGCUGUGAUUGGGGGUUCAUUGCUCCCUGGUUUAGCUGGCCAUAAUAUCUCAGAAGCUGCUGCAGCUGGGUGUGCUGUUUUGACAGGUUAUCACAUUGGGCAUUUCUCCCACAUGGUAUUGGAAAUGCAACGAUCAAAUCCUUUGUCAGUUCUUCAGGUUUCUGGAAAAUCGGAGCUUGAAAAGGCUCUCUUUGAACUCUUCACCAAUGCAACACUUCUGGAAGCACGCCGUAGAGCUGCUAAGGAAGCGUUUUGCAGUUUGUCCUGUGGCAUUGUUGAGAAUAUUUGGAGUUUGCUAAAUUUUCAUGUUUUGAGUGGUUUAUCUGCAGGGGAAUCCAGGAGUCUAAGACUAUGAGAAAUGAAUGUCCCCAGAAAUUUUCAUUCAGACUCGAUCCAUUUCACAGUAUUGGUGGUUUGAAUCUCCGAAAGAAAAGAUCAAGUUAUCACCAAAUCUUUUUAUACAUAUAUUUUUUUUUAUGAAAUAUCAUCAUAUCUUUUUGUGCAUUAGUCUAACAGUGCCGUCAAUCCUCUCCUCCAAAAUCUGUUGCUUUUUAGGGACAAUUUACUUGUGUUUUUAUUUCCUGUUUGCAGUUUUUAGUUUCAAAAAUGCUAUCUUGAUUUUAA